AUGACAGGCCUUACUGAAACCAGCGACAACCCCAUCCCAAUCACGAGCGCCGAUUCGGUCACCAAGAUCGAAGCCGGUGACGAAUUGAGCCACAUGGAGAACCAAAAAAAUGUUCCUCCCGAGUUUAUCUUUGAUCGUCAGGCUGAACGUCGUUUGCGCAACAAGAUCGACUUGACGAUUAUGCCCAUCAUCUGUCUUAUGUAUCUCUUCUGCUUUAUCGACCGUGCUAAUAUCGGCAACGCUCGGAUUGCUGGCAUGGAUGUCGAUCUCGGCAUGAAAGGGUUUGACUAUAACGUCACCCUAUCCAUGUUCUAUGUCUCUUAUAUCGUCUUUGAGCUUCCUUCCAACAUAGUCUGCAAGCUCCUUGGACCAGGAUGGUUUCUGCCUGCCCUCACCGUGCUGUUUGGGGCCUGCUCUAUCGGCUCUGGCUUUGUCAAGACAGUCCCUCAGAUGAUGGGAGUGCGGUUUCUACUCGGCAUAUUUGAGGCUGGAAUGCUUCCGGGAAUUGCAUAUUACCUCUCUCGAUGGUACCGCCGCUCUGAACUCACGUUUCGGCUGGGACUGUACCUCGUUGCGGGACCCCUGGCCGGUGCUUUUGGAGCUCUCCUCGCCUCAGCCAUCCUCCGACUCGACCAUUUCGGAAGUGUCGAUAGUUGGCGUAUGAUCUUUGUCAUUGAGGGAAUCAUCACAGUCGGACUCGGAUUGAUCGGCUUUGUCACCAUGACAGACCGACCGGGUACAGCACGCUGGCUCACAGAAGCAGAGAAGCAACUCUCUGAGGAUCGUGUUCGGUCGGAGCGUGUCGGGCAGGUCAAAGUGCUCGACAAGAUGGACAAGAAGAAGCUCAUCCUGGGGAUCUGGAACCCCGUUGUCAUUAGCACGUCUUGGAUCUUUCUCUUUUGCAACGUCACGGUACAAGGGCUGGGCUUCUUCCUGCCGACAAUUGUGAGGACGAUUUACACGGAUUAUACGGUCAUCAAGCAACAGCUCUACACGGUACCACCCUAUGCAGUAGGAUCAGUUGUUACGCUGUUGCUGCCACUGAUAAGCUGGCGGUUUGAUAGACGACAGUUGAUCAUGAUCCUCUCAACGCCGCUGGGCAUCGCUGGAUACAUUAUCUUCUUGUCAACAGCCAACCAGUCAGCACGUUACGGCGCAACCUUUUUGGUGGCAUCAUCCGUGUUUUCCCUGGGGGCUCUCACCAACAGCCAAGUCUCGGCAAACGUGGUGUCGGACACGGCCCGAUCCUCUGCCAUCGGCUUAAACGUGAUGCUCGGCAACAUUGGGGGUCUGAUCUCGACUUGGUCGUUUUUGCCCUUUGAUGGGCCCAAUUAUCCUAUCGGCAAUGGGUUGAACUUGGCUACUCAGGUGGGAACUCUGGUCUUGGCGACGCUGACGCUGUUGUGGAUGAAUCGGGACAAUAAGAGGAGGGAGAGGGUUGAAAGUGAGGAGUUGGAGAGGAUGCAGGGCAUGUCAGCGGAGGAGCAGGAGGAUCUAGAUUGGAAGCACCCGUCAUUUCGAUGGAGGCCCUAG